AUGCCGGGCCUUACACGACGAGCAAUUGUUAUACAGAAUACAGUUAAGGAAAUGACAAGUGUAACCCAUCUUCUGGACGCCAUUGAUCUACGUUACGAUUUUAUCGUAAACAAAUUCGACCAAGUUAAAGAACCACAAUGUGAAGCAUUUAAACAACAAAUACAAAAUGAAACGAAAACAUGUAAUUUGAAAAAUGUUGACAAUAUUUGGUUUAUUGCUGCGGAAAGUGUUCCAGAAUUUGAUUGGCUACAGAUGAUGAAUGCAUGGGUUCCGAACAAUACACAGUAA